AUGAGGGUGACACCCACGUCUCCGAAGAGGGCUGCUCAGGACAACCCCGCUGCGGCGAUCGAUGGGAAGAGGCUCUGGGUGUCCCUCCUGCAUUCGUCUUGGCGGCUUCACUCGCGUUUUUCAAUGAGCCGGAAACGCUGCCGCGGAGAACGAGGCAGUGUCUGCCUCGCCACCUUAGUCAACAAGCGGGACAUCGUCCCCACCACAGAAAACCUGAGCUGGGAGGAAGCAAGAGAUCCCUGUGUGCCCACGCCCCUGCUCCCCGAGUCCGAGGGCUGGGUGAGGCCCGGAGGCUGCCGCGGCGGCGCACACCCCACCCACGGCGCCCCCUGCAAGCAGGUGGGGGGUCUGACCCCGAGGGCCCAGCCCCAGCGCAGGGCCUCAGCGUCUGGCAGCCUGCUCUCGCGGGGCCAGGUGACCCCAGCACGGCGCCUGCUGCACCUGGGUCCCCCGGAUCGCACAGCAGUGCAGACGCACUCAGGGUGGGGGGCCUGCCCGGCUGCCCAGGCGCACACACCACCCCCCAGCGUGGCCGUCAUGGUUUCCACCCGUCUUGCCCUCGCAUGGACCUGGCGCCCCGUGACCCAGUCUGAGUGUGACCGUGGCUAUUCGACCCAAAUCUCCUUUCCCUGCAAGUGGGGCUUUCCGUGGGCUGUGCCCUCCUGUCCCGGAGUCCAGUCUGGAGGACACGCCCUCCCCAGAAAUGGGGAGUUGCCCACGAUGGGAGUCUGCUGGCGACCAGGCCCGGGGGACAGGCCACUCGCCCACCAGGACAGGCGGCCAGUUCUCCAGCACGAGGGCAGCCUUGGGGCUUUGGCCUCAGCAAUUGGCCUCCCUGGGCAGCGGCGGUGGGGGCAGCGGGGGCGGGAGGGUCCCGUCCACUGGGCACAGGGCCCCACUGACCAAGGACUGUGCUCUGGCCCCACCCACCCAGCCCCGCCCCCCGUGACGGCCCAGAAGCUGAGAGUCUUGAUCGUUUUCUGGUGGAAGCAGUGA